ACGAUAAGACGUUUUCUUGUCUGUGGUUGUUGCUGAUUAUGGCUGAACGGGGGAAGUUGUGUCAGCAAACUCCACUUUAUUUUUAGUUUUGAAAAAAUAUUUAUCUAGCUAUUAGUGUAAGUGUGUUUUCACGUGAUAAGUGCAACAAUAGUUAGUUAAUUAUAGUGCAAGUGUUCCAAUCGUGCUGUGUUAUAGUGCAUCGCGAUCUAUUAUUAGUUUUUUUAAUAGUCUUUUGAAUUUAGUGUUAUGAUCAAUAUUUGAUUUGUAAGCAACCGUGGCGGUCAAUAUGGGGCAGAGUCCGAGUUCGAUGAGGAGCAAGAGCGGUCGGCAGCGCUCAUUCAGAGGGUUCGCGCGGCGGCACAAACUGAAUAAAUCCAGUUUGAGCCAUACGUUUAGUUUGCCGCCGUCGGAGGAGUACCCGGAGCUGAUGAACGUGAACACGGCCACGGAGGAGCAGCUGAUGACGCUGCCCGGCGUGACGCGGCAGCUGGCGCGCGCCAUCGUGCUGCACCGACAGAUGAUCGGCCGCUUCAAGCGCGUCGACGACCUUGCCUUAGUCUCAGGUAUAGGAGCUGAGAAAUUAGAGCUGCUCAGACCGGAGAUUUCAAUUAGCAACCGCAAGCAAGUCUCAAGAGCGAGCUCCUGCUCUCAAUCAUUAGACAGUGUCCGGGGUUCUGUAGAAAGCAAGCUUUGUUCUGUUAAUUCUUCCAGUGUUUUCCAAUUGCAAUGUGUGCCCGGUUUGAACCAAGAGAUAGCAGCCAAUAUAGUAGAUUACCGGAACAAGAAGGGACCAUUCAAGUCGCUAGAUGAUUUAAUAAAAGUCCGAGGCAUGGAUGUUGUGAGACUUAGCACUGUGAAGCAACACUUAAGUCUAGAGCUAAGGAAAUGUGAGAGUCUUCAGUAUCUGACCAAUGGACAUCUAAAUGGUUGUGCAGAUGAUACACUCCCCAAGUCUCUCUUGAAUGGUGUGACUAGUACUCCGAAGACGCCUCAUAGAAAGAGCUUAUCAAUGCCAAAUAAACUUCCAAUGAUUUUACCAAAUGGCUUUGCAGCGGCACCUGUGAAUGAUAUUCUAGAUCUAUUGUCAGCGUAUUCCCACAGACCAAUAGUAGAAGAGGAGUUUAAGUACGAGCGGGACGGGAUCAAGUGCUGUAGGUUAGCGUCAUGGAACUUACACAAGCUUGAUGUAGAUAAGAUAACUAACCCAGGCGUCAGAGAAGUCAUUUGCAGGACAAUUUUGGAAAACAAAUUGUCCCUCAUCGCAAUCCAAGAUGUCCUAGACGUAACGGCUCUAAAAAUUCUCUGCGACGAGUUAAACUCACCAUCGCUCAGGAGAGUUAGGGAAUGGAAGAGUAACAGCCAUAGAUGGGAGUACUGCAUAGCUGACCAGUUAGAUAGUGAAAAGUUGGGUUUCCUCUUCGAUUCAUCCAACAAAGGUAUAACGAUAGAGGACAUCCCCCUUGACCAAGUGUGCCUUCUGAGCGAAGCAAGCGAGAUUAGGCCGCUCGUCAGCGAGCUGGCAACGUUGCGGAGCGAGCGAUACAUCACUGCGCCACAGGCGUUCCUGCUCUCUGGGCGACCAACAGUCAUCCUAAACGUGAUGUGUCACAACCGACUGUCGACUGAGGAUGUGGACCAUAUACAGAGGGUCGUCAAAAUGGCGGGCCAGUGCGCGCUACCACUGGCGCUCGCUGGCGAGUUCGCGAGCUGGACCAACGUGCAGACUCUCGACAGUUGCGAGCCGCUCCUAGACGAAGGUCUCUCCACCACCAUAGACAACAAGCACACCGGCCAAACCUGCAUUGUCUCCCCCGGCACCAUAGACAAGUCCAUCUUCAACGGCCACUCAGGAGCUAUCAAGUCUGGCCUCAGCCACCUCGCGAUCCCUAGAGGUUGGUCGUGGGGCGGUCCGGCUUCACCCUACUGCCCUCUAUGGGCGGAGAUGAAGGUCCCUGAUUGACACCUAGAUAUGAGGAUAUUACCUUCCGCGGUUUUGUUCUUCCUGCACUGUCUUCUUUUGGUGAUGUUGCAUAUGUUUUAUUUUAAUAGUUACGUGUUUUAGUGAGUUUAUUUGAGUUAUUGAUGGUAGAGGAGUUGUGAAGUCUAAAGUCCACAGACUGUCAGUUAUUCGGCACUGUUACUUGGUCUACUAAAAGUGAGACUAAUAUUGUUCACGGAAAUAAUAAUUGGUUGACUCUUAAGAAAAAACGUACCCACAGUACGUUUUCUAAUUUAUAGCACGAUUUUACACACACGGCAUCAGAUAAUAUAUUUAUUUUAUUUCUUGGUACCUCUUUGAGCCAAGGUUACCGCAUAAUGGACGGAGCGAUACCUAUAGCUAGUAACUUAGGCUUUACAAGUGUUCUACUAUCAGUAGCUCUUUAAUUUAAAGUUAAGUUUGAAUUAUUUAAAUUCCAAUCCAAUGAAUUGUUAUAAGAUAUCUUCCUUUUUAAAUCCUCAAUAAAUAUAACCAAUUUUCACUUGCAUCAUAAUCAAUUUUAAUAAAUCAAUACUUUUAUAAUACCAUAUUGCUACUAAAGUGUAAUUAAUGAAUUGUAACGUUAUAUUUAAGAUAUUUUACCGUUCUGACUGGAUUUUGUUUAUUAUUAAUUAUAAUAAAUAUUAACAAUAAGUACGCAACUACGAACAGAGACAUCACUGGUAGCACUUGUUCAGUUGUUCACAUAGAUAUUUGUGUAUGUUUAGUAUCAUUAUAAAAAGAUGGAAUAGUAUUUGUCCAAAAUGGUGAUUUAUUUCUGUAACGUA